AUUAUUAUUCCUUGUUUCCUUUAAGUAUUGCUGGAGCUGAAAUUUGAAGGUUAGUAGCAGAAAACAGAGAAGCAGAAUGGAAAUAGAAGGGUCAAACCAGAACGUGAAAACCACACAACUGCAUGGCUUUGCCAACCUAGUGCUGUUUCAUAUAGUUUCAUACCCUUCACGCGCCUAGGCGGUGGUCAACCAGAGAAGGAUCUAUUCUGCAAUGCUGAAUAGGGUGAAAUGGGAGGAAAUUCACCAUGUGCUUCAUGCAAGUUGUUGAGGCGCCGCUGCGCCAAGGACUGCAUCUUUGCUCCUUACUUCCCUUCCGAUGACCCCCACAAGUUUGCCAUUGUUCACAAGGUCUUUGGUGCUAGCAAUGUCAGCAAAAUGUUGCAGGAGCUUCCACUUCAUCAAAGAGGAGAUGCUGUGAGCAGCUUGGUGUAUGAAGCCAAUGCAAGAGUAAGAGACCCCGUCUACGGCUGCGUCGGUGCCAUAUCUUUCCUGCAGAAUCAAGUUUCCAAUCUACAAAUGCAGCUCGCGGUGGCUCAGGCCGAAAUACUCUGCAUUCAGAUGCAACAGGAGCCAGUUGCAGCGACGUUACCGGCAUCACAGAUGGUAGAUCACCACCAAUAUCAAGAUCACGAUCAGAAAUCCCUUCUUUUAUCCAAUAGUCACGACUUCAACAACAUUCCACAGUACCUCAGUAGCUUUGGUUCUUCCAGCAAUGUAAUCCAAGACCCUCUUAAGAGAGAGUCCCUGUGGACUUGAAUUAACGUCGUAGUUUCGAAUCGAUCGUUAGCUUUGUCAAUCCAUCAUCGUUAAUUUCAAUAGUAGUUUUCCUGUUAAUCAUCUCUGUGAUCGAAGAAGGCAUGUGUUUCAAUUUUUGUGCGUGUGAGAAAAAGAGAAAGGGCAUUGAUGAUGAUGAUGAGGAUCUGGAAUUCUGGGUC